UUCCGCCCAAUGCGCGUCUCUGGCUGACUUCGCAGUCGCGCCUCAACUUUUAGAGACCGGCAUGCGUCAAUUCUCCGCGCAAGGAACCACUGACCACAACUCACCACACGGUAUAUUCGAUGCCGUGAGAAUAAAACGAGUUUGUCGCAUAGUCUGAAGAAUGAAUCCCAUGCUCAAAGAUCCCGCGGCUGGGGUGGUCCCGCCCCAAUUGUUGUCGCAUUUACACCUUGUGUCAAAAUAUCGAUAUCCUCUUACGAGCAACCCGUCGUUUGAGACCAUUGUUGCAUACCUGUUGGAAGCGCCCAAGAUUGUGCGCGAUCUGCAGCCGGUGCAAUGGCAGUUCCUCGAAGCUCCUCCUGACGGCACGUUGCUUCUUACAUGGCAACCGCUUGAACAUCUCGGGACAAACUUCGCAAGCGAUGGAUACAUUUGGGCAGAUGCGGAACAUGUCUUUACGUCGGAAGUCCGGGGCUAUACUCUCGAGAUGUAUCUACAACGAUCCGGGUACCGAGCCGCCGGGGGUGAGCCCAUGGCGUCGCAUAGCAGGCGGCGUUAUCGACUACUGCCCGGGAAUCCUAACUUGGGAUUACCAAACCCCGACCCCAGCCUGUUUUUGGUCCACUAUUCCAAAGCCUCUCCUCGCGAUCAUGUUCCUGUCGCAUCCAUCCCAGUGCUCCCACAGGUGCAUGCACAGCUCCAGCAACGGCGGAUGAUCCAGAGUCAAGGCCAGCUGCCACGGAACGAAUUCAUGUUGCAUGAUCGUUCCAGUUGGCCUACGAUUCGCCUCCCCCCGGCAGUGGCCAGGGCCGUGGCACCUCCAGCAGCGGCUGCCGCGCCAGCACACAGAAGGGGCACCAGCACUGUACCCGACACCACGCUGGAAGAGGAGGAAGAUGUGUCGCGUGGCGAUCUUCUUGAUUUUUUGAGUCCACGAGAGAUCAGUCGCGUCCGCUACGAGCAACACCACGAAUGGAUGGAGGAGAUUCUCGAGUCACCCUAUCCCACGUUAUCGAUUGUGCCCAGUGAUUUGGGUCUCGGUCGAAAAGGACCUUUGGAAGAGCUGACCAAGGACUUCUUUGACGCGCCAGUGUCGGCCAAGCGGGAACCCACAAACGGCCCACCACCAAGGGUUGGCAAGCUUCCGGAAGGUCAAGCAGAUGAAUUUGCCAAACGCGCUACGGCGAAAUUGGCCGAUAUGCAGGCGGAAUUGGAAAAGAUGAAAAAGAUACACACGCGACGAAUGCAGAGUCUCACACGGUCGACCGUGCUGAAGGCGGCGGAGAAGAAAUUACGAAUGGCUCCAACCGUCCCGGAAAAGCGCCGUUUGUCGGAUGAAGCACCUGGUGACAGAGUUGCAAACCCGCGGGAUGCAAUGGAAGAGAUCAUGCGCGAGGUCGAAACCAAGACGGGCAAGAAACUGCAUGAGGCACCGCCCGUUCGACUAGUGGCCAAGGGUGGUUAUCAAGAGCCAAAGAAGCCUGUGCCAGUCCAGAGCCAAAGUGGACCUGCGCCCACGACAACUCCUCAAACGACGACUGGAACUGCUGCUGCGGCGCAACAGAGUACCCAACAACAGCCGGUAACUACGACCCAAGAACACAAAGCGGAAGACAAGCAACCACCUGCUUCCUCGAGUCAACAACAACCCAACAUCUCUGCAGGCAACCAAGCGACACCGUCUGCACCACAACAAGGACAGGCUAGUAACGAUGCCGCUCAAGCGCAGCCAGGAAGUGGCAAUCAAAGUACGAAUCAAGCUGCUCCCGCUAAUGCCAUCGGCGGUGGUGGCGGUGGUGGCGACGUCGUCAUGGACGGCGUGGAUGAAAGUGCAUCUGGAAACACUGCCCAGCAGGAUGGGAACGACUGGGUGGUGGUCGACGAGGCAGGCGGCCAGAGUGCAGGAGAUGUGAAUAUGGCAGGUCACGGCACGGCGGACCAACAGCCUCAAGGACCAACACCGGCGGCAGAUGGGACGGAACAAACUCCCCAGGCUCAGACGACAAGCCAGACCCAAACACCGUCGAUGUCGACGCAACCGCAACCGGCUCAAGAAACGUCACUGGACACACCCAAUUUCGACAUUGGGGGUGAUUUUGAUAACGUCGAUGUCGACACGGCUGGGGAUGCACUGGCGAGUUAUGGCCAGGACGAAGAACUCAAUUUGGACACGAUGGAGGAUUCGGCGUUUGGCGAUGCUUUCCACCCGGAAGACGAACAAAUGUCGUAGGAGAAGAUUGUUGGCACCCAGAGAUUGCCUUCGCGUCUCGAAGGCGUGUCGACAAAGAAUGCCCAGUUAUAGACGGUCCAGCUGGUAUACUACAUCAGGAUUUGAUCUGCUCGCCUGCUUUGCUGGAGACGGCUACAAGAUUGCUAUAGUAUCCGUCCAUGUGAGCGGCGCCAAUGAACCUUAGGAUUCGAAAAUGUGAUCACGCCUGUGAGACUUUUUAACUACUACUAGAUGCUGCCUUCAAUAAGGGCUAGCAAUGUAUUCAUCCAGGAUAUCCCGAGCGUGUGAACAUGGGGCAGGCCAGUGACUGAAGCAGGCACAGUAGCAUGUAUAAUAUAUCACGUACUGUAGCA